AUGGCCACUUCCAAUGAGCUCAUUGACGCUCAGUUCGACCGCGCUGUCGAAAUUGUGCAGUCAUUGCCCAAGAAUGGUCCAAUUCAAACUAGCUACGACGAAAAGCUUACUAUGUACAGCUUGUACAAGCAAGCUACUGCCGGGAAUGUUACCUCUCCACGACCUGGAAUGUGGGAUAUGCUCGGGCGAGCAAAAUGGGAUGCUUGGGCCAAACACAAGGAUCUCAACCCACACGAGGCGAAGUGGCUAUAUGUCGCUGCUCUCAUGAAGGUUCUCCGUAAAUAUUCAGACCGGACGGUCUCAGCAGACUUCAUCCACGAACUUGAGUCUUAUGGUGGCGACCCAUCUAAUUUGGUUAUGAGUCGGACGCUCUCGGGCUCCAAAUCUGACUCUUCAGGAUCUACGGUUUCCGAUGAAGAUAUUCCUCCGCCCCAUUAUACCCACGGCCAAAUGCUCAUAGAAUUAGAGGCCUCCGGAGACGAAGAUGAUGACGAUGACGAACCACUGCUGCAUGCAGUCCCAGCUGUUAACGACCCGGGCGUCGUUCCGAUUCAUCGACCUCCCUCGUCUGUUUCAUCAAACAGAUACCGUACUCCAAUGGCAGGCUCCUUGUUGGCCUCAUCCCCACCACCCUCCACUCUUUCGCGAGUUCCCGAGACGCAGCCAAUGCCAGGCUUCGAAACUCCUUCAGCUUUUGCUGAACCGAUGGCGCCAUCCUCUUAUGUCCCCAUCAGCAGCUCUCCGUUCCAACAGCGCCGUCGAAUCGGACAUAUGGUGCCCCCCUCCCGCCCUGUUUCGCGGCCAACCAUCGAGUAUGCUAUCGAGAAUGUUCAGGCUCAUCUUGCUGCUCUUUCUGAGCGCAUGGAGUCAUUAGAAUCGCUUUCUGGACAUCUUUCGCAGUCUCGCACCUCUAUAAGCCCCAGAACAGGUGGCUCGCCGGCUUGGCGAGCUGGUCGCGGGUCACCUCACGGCUCCACCGCACCCCAAUGGGACCUGGACGAUUUGGGAAUGUGGUCGCUUGUCGCACAUCCCAUUUCGAGGGGGAUCGAAUCUCUUAAAGAAGCUGCAACCUUCUUCAGCAGGGAUGAGAAUCGGUCCCCGACUAUGAUGAUUGUCCGUCGCCUUUGCUUGGACAUCAGUUUCGUACUCUGCGUUCUGGGGGUAAUACGAGCGCUGUGGAGAAAGAGCGGCGUCAGGCGGCGAGAAGUGAAAGCCGCGCUAAUCAUUCUUUGGCGGGCUAUUCUGGGGACCAAACCCAAUCGUGUGAUGGUAGAUCGCGGAGUUUGA